UGGAUGUUCUCCGGCCCCCUCUAGUGGUCACAUUGUGUACCUACGCACUGUCAUGGCGGCUCAAGCUCGCGCUGUGGUUUCGGCCCAAUGGCUAGCAGACGCCAUCAAAAACGGUCUGGUCGGCUCCAAAAUUCGAGUGCUGGAUUCGUCAUGGUACCUACCCAUAACCAAGCGGGACCCCAAAGCGGAAUUCGCCGAGAAACACAUACCGGGCUCGUCGUUCUUCGACAUAGACGAGUGCAGCGAGCGCAGUUCGCCCUACGACCACAUGUUGCCGUCGAGCAGCCACUUUUCACGCUACGUGGGCGAGCUGGGUGUGGACAACGACACUCAUGUGGUGGUGUACGACACCAACGGCUUCGGCUCGUACAGCGCCCCGCGCGUCUGGUGGAUGUUCCGGCUGUUCGGGCACGGCGCGGUGUCGGUGCUGGACGGCGGCAUGAAGAACUGGCUGGCCGAGGGUCGGCCCGUGACAGCGGAGCACGUGAAGCCGGAGCCCAGGGACUUCCGGGUGAGCGCCAACCCCAGGUGGGUGAAGACCUACGAGGACAUGCUGGACAACAUCAGGACCAAGCAGGUGCAAGUUGUGGACGCCAGGUCUGCGGGCAGGUUUAAGGGGAUCGAACCAGAGCCAAGGGAGGGCACGUUGCCAGGCCACUUCCCCGGUGCAGUCAACAUGCCAUUCACGUCUUUCUUGGACGCCUCCGGAAAAUAUCUGGCCAAUGACGACUUGUCCAGACUUUUCAAGCAGGCUGGCGUGAAACUGGACCAGCCAAUUUGGGCCACCUGCGGCUCUGGCGUCACAGCGUGUCUCGUCGUUCUGGGCGCUCACCUGCUGGGCCACCCGGGGGUGUGCGUUUAUGACGGCUCCUGGGCCGAGUGGUUUAAACGGGCGUCUCCUGAGCAUGUCAUCUCAGAGGGGAAAUGGUAAACUAGUAAAUGGAUGGUAAAUGGAUAGUACAUGUAUAGCGCUUUUUUACCUUCAAAGCGCUUUGACACUAUUCAGAAGAUGUGAGGUGUCUGGCUAGAUGCAGACUACAAUGACAAAGUGAAGCAAGCUAUUACACAUUUGCACUUUUAAACAGGGCUUUGUAGAAAUAAAUGAUCAAAUCUAUGCACAGUUUAUUAAUUGCAAGUUGCAACACUACUUAAGAUAAGUGUAUGAUGCCAAGCGCUACUGCUUUUCUUUUUAGCGUACGUCUUUAAAGUUUAAAAACAAAGUGCACUUGUUUAAAUAAGCAGAACAGUAUUUGACACAUUUCACAUAAAAUGCAUGCGUUUAUGAUUCCCUGUAAACUUUGUGUAAUUCCUUUUUUGAGCAAAUUAUAAGGUUACAAAAUAUUGUAGAUGCCGAACAGAUUGUACUGUAUAUCAGAGUUUGUGUAAUUAAAUUAGAUUUCCAAUA